CAGUGCGACUUCGUCGCGAAGAAACGAAAGAAAGUAAAGUUGCUCGGAACCUGAUCGAAUAAUUUGCGAACGGCGUGCUAACUGAUGCGCCACAGGAGGAAAUGGCAUUAUCCAACGUGUUAAUAUUGAGCCAAAUCGCUGGCCAUGUGUUUGCAUUUAUUCUAUCGAUGUGCAUCUUCAUUCCGCUCGCCAUCCAUGUCAGAUCAUUCGAUGGACACUGUUUGUUGUUUACGACCGGUACCUGGCAGGAAAAGGACGGGCUCUUCGAUGUGAGGUGGGCGUCGCAAGCAUACUGCAACUAUCCCAUCAUCGUCGGGGUCACCCUAUUCAUUAUUGCUGGCGUUCAAAUCUACAGGAUGGCAUUGCUUGCCUACCGUGAACUGGAAAGCUCCUUCCUUGGCCUUUUCUUCGAUGUGGUGUUUAGCGUUUCGCUCUGUGCAAUGACUCUGAUUGCUGCAAUCAUUAUCACCUUCGGUUUCAUGGCCUGGUGUGCGGAGAUGACCGAACGCUUUCCAUCAUGUGACAUUGCUGAUGGUCAGAACAUUACCCAGGUGGAGCUCAACAUUCAAACUUCUGGAUUUUAUAUCGAAAUGGGCACCGCACAGUUUGGUGCAUGGGCUUCAUUUGCGACUUGGGUUGGUUUGUCGGUUUUUUCGCUUCUAAAACUGAUCAAUAACCAUCAGGUUCGCAACAUUCGCGUAUCGAUGUAUAUCGAGCGCCAACGUUUGGUCAAUGAGGACGUCUAUCGUGGUACAACAUCGGAAGUCCCAGCUGCAUCCGGAGCGCUAAGUGAUAAUUAGAUUGAUGGCCCUGAUGUGCCACCUGCAAGCGUUUGAAGCCGGUCAAACCGGAUAAACGGCGAUUAUGGAACUAUCGUCAAGAAUGAAGUUCUUAUAUUAUUAUGUUUAUCACACUUCGGUAUAUGUAAGCUCCCUAAUUUUUAACACUACUCGAUCAUACAGGCUCCAAUGCUGCACAAAAAGUCAACGAUCGGAUCGGAAUUCCAUUAAAAUUUUGUUAUACUUUUGAUAUUCAACAAGAAUAACCAAUGGAAAAGGAAUAAAUAGAACGAACAAAUAGGUAAAACAGAACAUUCCAUUUCCAAAAUGCUCGCUAAGUGUCAUUAUUUUUAGUUCUUAC